AUGUCCACCGCGACAUUGGCCACAGGCGCUGCUGCCCAAGGAGCCGCAUGUGAACGCUGCCACAAAUACAAAGAGAAAUGCACGUACGCUGGCCUCGAUAAAUCAUGCGUCCGUUGUCUGAAGCUGAAGAGAGAGUGUGUGUUGAGGGUGAAGAAGCGGAUGGGGCGUCCUCCCGUGGCAAAGUCAGCCUCUUCGACAAUUCUCGAUGUCGGCACUCGCCCCAUGGAAGCCGCAAAUACUCCAGACACAAAUACCAUGAUUCUCGUCACCCAAACGAUGAGCAGUCGUAAGAGCAACUGGCAGCACGCGGCUUUCGAAAGCCGAGGUUUCCCUUUCCCAAGGAGCCUGUUUGCGAUUCAACAGAGCCCGCUCUCUCAGAAUAUCAAACAUGUCAUAGGCUCCGUUGAUGGCUUCCAGGGAUUCCAUCGGUUCUUCAUGCUCGGAGAGACUUUCACCUCGCUCUACCAGUCGGCAACGCUUGUUAUCUACGACCUUGCCCCGCAAGUCUUUUCGAACGCAUAUUACGCAACCAUGUCUGCUCUCUUCGACCAGAAUAAUCCAGGUCUACGCGACAAUGAGCUGACACUAGCUGCGUCUUGUCUCCGUUAUCUAGUUAAGCUCUCAUCCUCUAUCAAUUGUGUUGGAGAUGCUGCCGUGGUGAUUAUGCUGGGCCAGAUCAUGCUGGUCUACAACUCGCUGAUACCAAACCCAUACACACGCACAAUUACCAAGAGCACUCUGCUUGCCACGAAGGAAUGGUAUCCGCAACUUCUAAAAGAACCGUCUUUCGACUCAAUCACUCUGGCGCCCGUCUUUGUCGACACAGUCGAUUGUCUCUUUCGGCGGGAGGUGCCCGUUGUGCAGAUCCCCAACAGAAACAUGUGCACGGUUGAUAGGCUCUUAGGCAUAUCAGCGCCUCUAUUUUCAUAUAUUCACGACCUCUGUGUGGUAAGCCACGAGUGCAAGGUCAAGGGCAUCACCCCUUGCGCAGAACACGACCCAUACACAGAUGUCGAGGAGCGCAUUUCUUCAUGGGUACCGGAAUGGCCGCCAGACCUAUUCACAACCUUCUCGCCGCUGGAGGCGACAAAGAUAGUCGCGCAGGCUCAAAACUUUCGCCUCGGCGCCUUGCUUAUCAUCCACCGACUUCGGUAUCCGCUCGGGGUGGAAGACGAUGCCGCGGCUGUCAUGGCUGACGAGAUCAUCCUACUUUUGUCACGGCUCGCAAAACAUCAGGGAGACUGCGCGACGGGUCUCGGGCUGGACUUCCCGCUGCUCGUGGCUAUGAUUGAGAAGCCAGGUCCGGGGUCCGAGGUGGAUGAGGCUUUUGUGCCGCUGAGAUAUCGGCAGCAUGGCGAGAGUAGGCAGCUGUCGGAGUUUGUCAAAUUCGUCACCGAUGCCAGGAGAGCUGGAUAUUCUGGUUUGUGGUUGGACCUGGUUCAUGACGGGCUACAUGGGGUUUUUAUUCCUUGA